AUGAUUAAGCUUUGUUCUGUGUACAGCCUUCCAAUCGGGCUUUUCCCAAAAUCAAUUUCUGAAUUUGCCUUCGACCAAGUUUCCGGCAGAUUCGAGCUCCACGUGACCGAUUCUCCUUGCGACGCCAAAUUCGAGACCCAAGUCAGGUACGAGUGGAACGUGUCCGGGACCAUUUCAUACGGCCAAAUUCAGGAAAUUUCCGGCCUUUCUGCGCAGGAGCUUUUUCUUUGGUUGCCUGUAAAGGGUAUUCUGGUGGAUAUCCCUAGUUCUGGGUUGAUUUAUUUUGAUGUGGGUGUCGUUUCGAAGCAGUUCUCUUUGUCAUUUUUCGAGACACCCCGCGAGUGCUCUGCCGCAACUGCGGAGGAGGGUGGUGGUAAUCGUCGUAAUGAAUUGUCCCAACCGAUUGAUCUUUCGUUUAUGAAGGGUCGUGGCCGCAUUAUCCAGAAAUCAUUCGAAAGGUCUUCCAAAGAACAUCACGAGGGACAUGAAUUGAAAGCUGUUUCAUAGAUGGUGAAUAAGAACAUUUUGUAACAGGAGUUUUAGUGUUUGACUUGAAACCAGCUCUUAAGAAGUUUGUUUUGGCAAUUGGCCUCAUGUGUGGGAUUGCUUUACAGGCUUGUCUGUCCAUGCUGCUGACAUAUACAGAGCAAAGUUUGUGAUUUCCUUGAAGAGGAGAGGAGCAGGUGGUAGUUACCUGCCGAAGAUAAUUUGAGGAGGAGACUGUGGAGUUGGCUUGGUGAAUCAACUUAUCUUUUUUUUUUUUUUUUUUUUUGGGUGGCGAAAAGUAAUGCGAUUGUAUCGCUGUACUGAGUCUCUGUAAAUGACCAAAUUUGAUUUGGAGUUUGUAUAUUAGCUUGAAGUGAAAUAUAGUAGUGUUUUCAGUGAAACCAAAGCAUUAAUUCA